CCUCGGACCCAGCUCGCCUUCACCUUGUUCCCUGCAGCGGAUGAGCGCGCGGACCGUGGACGGUUAUGUUUGAGAAGGAGUCAGGACAAACACUGGAUCAGUCGACUGCGACAGCGAUGCCUUCAAACAAAUACUCUGCAGCUCUGAUGGACGAGAGCAACAACAUGACGGCCACGGCGGCGGUGAACGGGGCCACGCCCCCUGCUGAGGGCCUAUCAGAGAACGACAGUGGGGUGGAGAUGACCAAUGAGAACAGCCCUCUGACGGCUGCAGAACCGCCCUCACCAUUCAGCCCCAAACAGAAUGGAGACGCCACCUCACCUCAGGAUGUGAACCGGUGUCCGAGGAACAGGAAGAGGAGCAGACAGAGGUCUGAGGAGGAGCAGACGAGGAGCAAACAGAGGUCUGAGGAGGAGCAGACGAGGAGCAAACAGAGGUCUGAGGAGGAGCAGACGUGGGAGUCCGACAGUCAGCUGAAGUCCUCUGGAGGUUCUCAGCUCGGUCUGAGACAGAGGCCGCCGCCAAGAACCAUCUUCCAGGCCGGACUGACUCCACACACGACCAGUAAACCACGGCGGCAGAACCGCAAACAGGACGCCAGCGCCGUACAGUGUGGUCCUCGCUCAGCCGGGGUCGGGGCCUCGGGGGUCCCUGAAGCCCCCCGUCUGGACCUGAUAGAACAGGAUUCUAAAGACUCGGCCCAGAGCAGCAGCAGCACCUCAACCGGAUCUGAGACCCAGCCCGAGUACAAUGACCAUAAGGGCUUCGGCAUCGGGGAGCUGGUCUGGGGGAAGAUUAAGGGUUUCUCGUGGUGGCCGGGCAUCGUGGUGACGUGGAGGGUGACGGGGAAACGACCGGCCAACCACGGCAUGAGGUGGCUGCAGUGGUUCGGAGACGGCAAGUUCUCCGAGGUUUCAGCGGAUAAACUGGACUCCAUCACAGCAUUUCCAAAGUUCUUCAGUCAGGCGUCGUAUACGAAGCUGGCGUCGUAUCGUAGAGCCAUCUUCCAGGCUCUGGAGAUGGCGUCCGUCCGGGCUGAGAAGACGUUUCCUCCGUGUGAGUCCGAUCACCAUGACGACCAGGUGAAGCCGAUGCUGGACUGGGCCAACGGCGGCUUCCUGCCCAAAGGCGAGGACGGACUCAAACCUUCGCGCAGCGCCGACAGUAACCCCCUGGACCACCAGCUCCUGGACGUGUCCCUCCCAGAGUUCAUCCCCAGCGCCAAGAGACCCCGACUCAGUCAGUGUAAGAGCAAGAUGGGCCCCGAGGAGUCCUACAGCCGAGAACAAAUGGUGAAUGAAGUCCUGAAGAACAAACGAAGUAUAGAAGAGUUCUGUUUGUCUUGUGGAAAAACCAGGGUGGCGACGUUCCACCCGCUGUUUGAAGGAGGCCUCUGCCAAACAUGCAAGGACGUCUACCUGGAGAUGUCGUACAUGUACGAUGACGAUGGAUAUCAGUCGUACUGCACCGUCUGCUGUGGAGGACGAGAGGUUCUACUCUGUGGAAACGUCAACUGCUGCAGGUGCUUCUGUGUGGACUGCCUGGACAUCCUGGUGGACCCAGGGGCGUCCAACAGCGCCCGUCACCUGGACCCGUGGCGCUGCUACAUGUGUCAGCCGCUGCUGUCGUAUGGCGUCCUCAAACGCCGCCACGACUGGAGCCUCAAACUGCAGCAGUUCUUUGCCAACGACAACGGACAGGAGUUUGAACAGCCAAAGAUUUACCCAGCAGUCCCUGCUGAGCAGAGGCGGCCAAUCAGAGUACUGUCGCUGUUCGACGGCAUCGCCACCGGUUACCUCGUCCUCCGCGACCUCGGCUUCAAGGUCGAUCAAUACGUGGCAUCGGAGGUGUGCGAGGACUCCAUCUCAGUGGGCGUGGUCAGACACGAAGGAAAGAUCCAAUACGUCCAUGACGUCCGUGACAUCACCAAGAAGAACAUCCAGGAGUGGGGUCCAUUUGACCUGGUCAUUGGAGGAAGUCCAUGCAACGACCUGUCCAUCGUUAACCCCGCCCGCAAAGGCCUCUACGAAGGUACAGGGAGGCUGUUUUUUGAGUUCUACCGUCUGCUGAGUGAAGCCAAACCCAAAGAUGGAGAGAACCGACCGUUCUUCUGGAUGUUUGAGAACGUGGUGGCGAUGGGCGUCAACGACAAGAGGGACAUCUCCCGCUUCCUGGAGUGCAACCCGGUGAUGAUCGACGCCAUCGAAGUUUCAGCUGCUCAUCGUGCUCGAUACUUCUGGGGAAACCUGCCCGGAAUGAACAGACCUCUUUGUGCCUCUGGAAUGGACAAACUGGAGCUUCAGGACUGUCUGGAACACGGCAGAGUGGCUAAGUUUGGAAAAGUGCGAACCAUCACCACUCGAUCCAACUCCAUCAAACAGGGCAAAGACCAGCACUUCCCCGUCCUGAUGAACGGGAAAGAGGACAUUCUGUGGUGCACCGAGCUGGAGAGGAUCUUCGGUUUCCCGGUCCACUACACAGACGUGUCCAACAUGGGUCGCGGCGCUCGGCAGAAGCUUCUGGGUCGGUCCUGGAGCGUCCCGGUCAUCAGGCAUCUGUUCGCGCCGCUCAAGGACUACUACGCCUGCGAAUAGAUGCCGCCGUCACCGCCAAAACUGGACGGACAGCGGCCGACCUCCGGGAGGGCGCCGGGACUCAGCAGAUUGAAGACGGACGUCGUCAAAGUGAAAGACGUAAAACACACACCGACAGAUGCCAAACACACCUUUAACUCCACCCACCACCUCAAAACCACAGGAAGCUCAGCAGCGACGCCAUCGUGAAUCCGUACGGAGGUCGGCGUAGGCGUCUCCUGGAAAAACAACCCUGUGAUUUUAACUUUUUUUUUACCUGAAAAUGUUAACGAUGCCAGUAGAACAUUUCAUCAUUUAACAAAACCGGAUCUGAAAUGAAAACCGAAAAGUCCAGGUGUCAAUGACGACCUUUUCAGACCUUCUGCUGAAAUUAGACCCAACGUUAGAACAACGUUAAAGCUCCAAACAUCUCAAACAACAGCUGUUCAUCGGGAUUUCCAUAAUUUAUCUGAACUCAGAAUAGCAGAGUUUAGACAUGGCAACAAAAAACGCCAACUGGAAAAUAACCGAGGGCAGGAUUUCAGCGUUUUAUUUCAUCAGUUUACAUUCAGAAACCUUUUGUUUGCUGCAAAAACCUGCUGUUUUCAUUUUUGUUUUUGCUUUGAGACGAUUUGACGAGGAAAAAAAAAACAGCUUUGUUGAAAGAGAAAACCAGCAAAUUUUCUAGAGAUGUUUGUGUAGAUGUUAGAAAUAGUGUGACUUGUAUUUUAUUCUAAUCUCCCUCAAAGAUACAAUUACUUGAAACGAGCCGAUGUAAAAACAGAGAUUGUUUUUCUUAACCAUCACAGAGUUAAAAUAACGACAUGUAUCCUACUGUAAACGUGGAAUUAAAAAAAAUAUAUAGAAUUUACUGUAAACGGAGGAUUCCAGUGUUUUCACAUGAGGACGAUCAUUGUAACUGGAAAUAAAAUACAUCUGCAUUAUGGAAAACUCAACAAAAUGCCAUAAAAUGUUGCUUCAUUUUACAUGAAAACGUAACGGAAUUUCAAUUCUUUAUGAACAAACUCAACUAAAUGUAAAACAUUUCUCAACUGAUUAGAUAAGAAUUUGACAAAAUGGUUUUACAUGUAAAAAAACAAAACAAAAAACAGACAAAAUGUAAAAAAACAUUGUUAUUAUGUAACAUGACCAAAUGUCAGAAUUUCACCGCUUAAUUUAGAAGAUAUUGACAAAAUGUAACAAAACAUUACGUUAUGUAACAACCAAAUGCCGCAGAAUUUAACCACUUAUUUUAAAAAAUAGUGGUAAAAUGUAAAAAACAUUACUUUAUUAUGUAACAAUUUGACCAAAUGUCACAGAAUUUUACCACUUAAUCUAAAAAAAUAUCGACAAAAUGUAACAAACCAUUUGUUUUGUUAAAUUGACUUAUAUAUAACUAGUGUUUAUGUACAAACUUCACACAGCGUAACAGGUUUUUCCCAUUUGUUAUAUAAAAACUUGACAAAAUGUAACAAAACUUCAUUUGUUUUGUGGAGACAAAAUUGAAAAACACUUUCUUCAAAUAAAAAAACACAAACUAGACAAAGUACAACACUUAACUUCAUUAUAUAAAAAUUGGACUAAAUGUAAUAGAAUUUCACUAUUUAAUGUAAAAAAAAAAACAAAAAAAGAAAAUGUUACAAACAAAUUUGUGUUGUAAAAAUUCUAAAGUAAAAUGUCACAUUUUUUGUAAAACCACAUUAAAAAUGUUACAAAAUGUCACUGCAUUAUGUUAAAAGAAAAAAAAAUAAUUGUGGAGACAAAAAUCUACAAACACUGUCAGGGUUUUUUAACUUCAUAUGAAAAUAAAUUUAAACUAGACAUGAUAUAACAAAACUUAUGUAAAAAAAUUGACACAAUUUUAUAGAAUUUCACCACUUUGAAAAAAAAAUGUGACAAUGUGAACCUAUUUUGUAAAUUCUCAAAUGUAAAAUGUAACAGUAGAACAUUUAAUAUGUAAAACAAUCUGGUAAAAUGUGACAAAAUUUCACCUCAUUGUGUAAAAACAGCCAGUUUCACAACUUUGUAUAAAAAAAAGAACAAAUUAUUAUUACAAAAAAAAAAACUGAGCAAAAACUUUACGUCUUUAUGUAAAAGCUCUAAAUAUAUCAGGUUUUCCCACAUCAUUAUGUAAAAAGGUUUUGUUUUUAUUACAUACUGAUGGCGCUUGUAACAAAGUUAGAAAGGUGCACUUUUUAUGACGAGAAACUAAUAAUACAAUCAAUAUUUGAUAAUUUCCUAGAGUUUGUUUUCUAAAAUGCAACCACAUGUGGGAAUUGAACACAAAACAAGAGAAAAUGAUUCCAUAUUUUUGACUUCUUUAAUAUGUAUUGAUCUGUGUUUUAGUGACAUUUUGUUGUUUUUUUCCAUCAUUUAUUGUCUUUAUGUGAAAACACUGUGACCUCCCAUCCUGUUGUAAAUCUUAAAAAUGGUGGAAAACACUGGUGAACGCAACAUUUUUAUAAAAACGAGCACUGAAUACUUUUAGUUUCAGAGAUUUUUUUGACUGUUUUCUGCCUUUGACCAGGUUUAGGUGUUGGACAGAUUGUUUUUAAUGAUAAUGAAGGGUAUGUUUUCAGACUCAAACCGUGUCAUUGGAUUUUCUAAAGUGAAAGUAGAUCUGUGUUUUUAGCUCCAGGUGUUUGAUUCUGCUGAUCGUCUACUAGAGAAACCAAACGGUUGUUUCAUAACUGGACGUGCUUUUCUUGAACGGACAUUACCUCAGACUGGACGACCCUCGCGGAUUUGUAUCACUGGAACUUUCCACCGUUGGUUUUCGUACUGUAACUUUACAAAGGUUUACAAGUGUCUGAACUCUUCUUCUUCCACCGAGUUUUACACGACUGUUUUUAAC